CUCGCGUUCGCUGCUUCGCCUGUACCGCACUCACUCCGCAUGCAAGCCCCGUGUUGCUCACUUUGCCUCACUUAUGAGGAUCGUGUCCUUGAUUUAUGGCCAGGCCACUCUUUAUUUACGCCUGAAUCACUGUCCGGACUCCGCUCAUCCGUUGCCGAGUUCACGCGUUGAGUACCGCUCCUGAUCCGAGCCCGACUCCGCUACCUCCGCGCGAGCAGCACCUAUCCCGCCCCAAUAGCUACACCAAGAACAGUCUUUACCAAACUUUUCGGACCUGGAGCUCAUUGCUCACACUCUUGUUGCAUGACCUCGGGGACACAGCGGCUGGGUCAUCAAAACACACACUGAAGUUCACGCAAUACAUGCUCGUUCACCAUCACCCGGCCAUUCUGCGCAUUCGAACGGAGGCGCUCCAUCUCAAUCCCACUUCCCCUCGUCUUCUGGCCUCCCAAUCAUGCAGCCCCACGAGUCUGCGACGCCUAUGGGACCCCCGUCUACAACCGUCCGACAGCAGUCGCAAAAGCGCCCUCUUGACUCUUCCCCAGUUACACCGUCAAAGCGACGCCGGAUUCUACCAUUCCCAUCGACAGGGUCCCAGAGGACUCCGGCGUCCACCCAAAUAUCCAUCACUUCCACUCCUCUGUCCGGCCCGCGCACCAGGACAGAGCUAGAUCGGUACCACGAAGAUGUAAAGAGGGACGCGCAUCGGAUUCGCGUGGUGAAGAAUCAGCUGGAUAAUCUUCAGCCGGGUGUAGACGCAGAUCCACGGAGCUCACCGGAGACCACCUCGGAAUCGGCAUCAAUGACUACAAAACAGGCCAUCAAGCUGCUGCAAAAGAUUUUGAAGGAAGAUAAACUGAUCAAGCACCUUGAGGCGGAACGCAGGGAGAUUGACCCCAAGAAGCGCGGCCCCCAACGCUCUGACCAGGACGGUGUCGUCAAAUCCUCCCGGAACAAAGAGAAGACAAGACGUGCAAAAUUGAGCGAAGACAUUAGAAAGGCCCGCAGAAGGAUUGGGUACACCUGGGCUAGGCUUCGAGAGGCCCAAAUCGUCACCGAGCCUGAUAUCCUACCCACAACCACAAGCACAUUCGAGGAAGACACGUCCUCAAUGCCAUCUCCUAUCGGGUCGAUGGCGGUCCAAGCAGAGGCAGAAGGUGAUACCGGUGAAAUGGCAGAGAACUCCGAUAGUGAGCCUAUGCUUCCUGCGGGCCGGACUGUUGCUCGGUCGAUCAUGUCGCCUUCCGUCCCCCCGGAACCAUCCCAGGAAGUGGAAAGCCGCAAUGUCAAGGAAGACAAAGAUAUCUCGGAAAGUCCUGUUGCAAAUGGCAAUGCCGAUACAGACUCAGAUAAAGAACAAGCGUCUGUUGAAAAGCAGGUGGCCCGAGAGCUUGAAUCCCUUUCAAAGUUGGCACAGGACAGACCCGCUCUCCUCACCGCGCAAAAACCUAAUCGUAGGAUUGCUCGUGCCCCUCGUCGAUCAAUCUACACGCCGGAUUCGGGUGAUGACGAAGACCGGCCUGAAGCAAGGCUUCACGAACGGACCUCAACACACACUACGACGGAGGCAGCUGCACCCAGUGUCAGCAUACCAUCUGACCAAGCGGCGGAAAAGACGACGCACCCCAUUAGCCCUAAUGCUGGGGAGAUCCCAGGGAAGACGCCCUUGCAAAAGUCCGAGGACGACAUUUCUGAUAACGAGGAGGUUGAAGACAGCUCAGAAAAUGAAGAAGAAAAAGGCGACGUGAGAAUCAAGGUGGAAACGGAUGACGAUGAUAGCUCCGAUGAGGGUGACAGCUCCAACGGCACGGAUAGCUCCGAUGACGAGGAUGAAAGUGCAACCAGCGAUGCAGAAGUCAAUGUGAAAGCCGGUGAGGAUGAAGAUGAUAGCGAAAGUGAGAAGGACGAUAAUGAAGGCAGCGAUGUUGAAAUCAAGGUGGAGGUGGAGGACGAGGAAGCUAGUGAGAGUAGUGAAGGUCUGAGAGGAGUGCAAGAUGAUCAAGAUAAAGAAGAUACGGGCAAUACGGGAGACAUGGGCCCGGAGCAAGAAGGCGACCACAGUCAAAACGUCAUUCCAUCGGGUCAACCCGAACCACCAGCAUCUUCAAGGCCUAGCACGGGCUUGUUCGAGCGCAUGAACGGCAUCCAAACCUCUGGCUCCUUCGAAGAAAUGAUGGCGGGACUGCGACAGGCGGCCGCCGAACGAGAGAGACAGGCAGCGCUGAAGGACCAGGCAUCAAACUCUGACUCGUCCGACUCGUCCGAUGAUGAAUCCAUGCCCGACUGGUCCCCGGAGCCAGAUGCAAAACCAUAUUUUGCCUGAUCCUGCGUGCAACAGAAGGAACGAGAGAAUUGACUUUAGGGGGGAGCACUCAUGUCGUUCACCACUUCAGUUCCAUCUACUUUCGUGGUGGUUCGUGUUGGACUCUACGAGCGGCCGAUAGCAACACUUGUUUAACCCACCUGUACAUUUCAAUUGAAAAUAUUACCUUCCAUUCAGCCCACAAGAGGCCCUGUCUUCGAAAUUUCCAUUUCGGAUUCUUACCUGUCUGCCCUGUAUAGACUAUGUGCCCGGGCGUUACCCGGACACUUGUUACCGA